UACGGUAAUGUGAGUAGUGUUUUGGGACACGUUUGGACAAGUGGAAUAAGCAGUGUAGCAUUUUGCAUGGAUAGCGUGAAAUCAAACCAUAAUUUCCACUCAUAAAAAUAUGGGAGCAACUAAUUCAACAGCAGAUGAUAUCAAUGCUCUGGAGAUUCAUCACUGGUACAGAAAAUUUAUGAAAGAAUGCCCAUCUGGACAGCUCAGUCUGCACGAGUUUAAAGGAUUACUUGGCCUGCAAGGAAUGAAUCCAGAAGCAAACAGAUAUAUUGAGCAAGUAUUUGGUACAUUUGAUAUGAACAAGGAUGGAUUUAUUGACUUUUUGGAAUUUAUUGCUGCAAUAAACUUGGUUUUGCGAGGAAAAAUUGAUCAGAAAUUAAAGUGGUAUUUUAAACUCUAUGAUGCAGAUGGAAAUGGAUCGAUUGACCGAAAAGAACUGUUAAGUAUAAUAACGGCAGUUCAAGCUAUAAAUGGUCACCAAGGUUUAAGUCCUGAAGAAUUCACCGCCCUUCUAUUCCAAAAGAUUGACAUCAACGGAGAUGGUGAACUGACCUUGGAUGAGUUUAUCAGUGGAAUAGAAAAAGAUGAAGGUCUCUUGGAACUUAUUUCAAAAAGUUUUGACCUGUCCAAUGUGCUGAAAACAAUUCAAAAUGGAAGACGAAGAAGUAUUCCAUAGUAAUAAAGAUGAAGAUAUUGGACAUUAAAAAAAGUGCAGCUAAAUUGAAGCCAUAGAAGCCUUCUUAUUACCAAAUGUGAACUAUCUUAUGUAAGGUAUCAGAAGAAAUCUCAGGUAAUACAAGCCAAGAAAAACGUAAUCUCUUAAGCAUUAAUUGAUUUAAAUGCAGUUUAAAUUAAAUUGAAGAGAUUGACGUUCAUCUGGAUUAGUUAAGAAUAGAGAGAAAGAAGCUGAGUGAAACUAAUCACUACCUAAAAUAGAUUUUGAAUUAGCCAACAAUAAAAAGAGCUCCUUGAAGAUUUGCUAUACCUGGCAAAAAUGAUUUGUUUGUAAGCCUAUGAAGAUUUCAUAGUAAUAUGAAAAUUAAUGGCUUAUGGUCUGUACGCACCUGCAAUUUGUUUUAUAAGCAAUCUUCUUUAAAAGUUGGGGGUUUGUACCAUUUGCUGAGAACCAUUCAUAUGUUAGAUUUUAAUUAAAAUGCUUCAUCUUCAGCUAAAACACGAUGAGGAGGAUACCUGUUAGUUGGUUGGUACCUGGAUACAAUACUGUAUUUAGAUCCUGGUGUGAAUAUAGGAGACUCCAGCUUCAUAUUUUUGUGUCUUUUUUUUUAUUCAUAGACUGUUUAAAAUCUUCUGACUUUGAAUGUAUUUCAUUGGCUCCUUAUAUUUUUAUAAAAAAAUAAAGUUUUCAAUAUGUGA